AUGGCUACACCAACAGCAAAAAAUGUUUACAAGAAUGCCGCCGGUGGCACGUUAACAGGGAAGAAGCUAAAUAUAGAUUGGAAAACUGAAAAACCAAUUGACAAUUUGGUGCUAAAAAAGUUUGCUUCCAAGUUUCCUGACCUUGAGAAGAAGAAAAACAAUGCUGUAAAAGCCAGCGACGAGGAGUAUAGUUCUUUCAGAAUCUGUAUUCCUGAAAUUGAAAUGGUUAAAAUUUUUAAUGCUGAAAUAUGGCCUUUACACGCCAAUGAAUAUGUAGAGCCAGUCAAAAAUCUUGGUGUUUGGAUAGAUCCUGAAUUGAAGAUGAAUAAACAUGUGAAAAAUCGCGCAUUUGAACCACUGAGCCAUCUCGCCGGCCAACAUGUGACAACUUACGUCGUCUACCCAUUUACCAACCUCGAAAGGAUGGACGGCUGGGUUGGCCGGGGAGUCGGCUACCCGAAUAAACCUGCAGAAACUGCAAGAUUCGAACCCGGGUCGUGGGAGUAG